CCUUCCUCUGGGAAGAUGGCUCCUCUUAGGAUGCGGUCGUGGGUUUUGUCAGUUUUACUCGUUAACGUUUUGUGCAGUUUUGUGUCUUGUUUGUACUUUCAUAUUGGGGAGACUGAGAAGAAAUGUUUCAUCGAGGAAAUUCCCGACGAGACGAUGAUUAUCGGUAACUAUCGGACGCAGCUUUAUGAUAAGCAGAGGGAGGAGUACUUGCCAGCAACACAGGGACUUGGGAUGUUUGUUGAAGUCAAAGAUCCUGAUGACAAGGUGAUUCUCUCUCGUCAGUACGGCUCGGAGGGACGGUUCACCUUCACGUCGCACACACCGGGUGAACACCAGAUCUGCCUGCACUCCAACUCCACAAAGUUCUCCUUGUUUGCUGGGGGAAUGCUGAAGGUUUACCUGGACAUCCAGGUGGGUGAACAUGCCAACAACUAUGCAGAGAUUGCAGCCAAAGACAAACUGACAGAGCUGCAGCUUCGAGUGCGACAGCUGGUGGAACAGGUGGACCAGAUCCAAAAGGAACAGAACUACCAGAGGUACCGUGAGGAGCGUUUCCGUCAGACCAGCGAGAGCACCAACCAGCGUGUCCUGUGGUGGUCCAUCGUCCAGACUCUCAUCCUGGUGGCCAUUGGUAUCUGGCAGAUGAGACACCUCAAGAGCUUCUUUGAGGCCAAGAAACUGGUGUAGCUGGGUUUGUGUUGGUCUGUGCUAUUUGAUGCAGUACCGGGCGUCAACCGUGGUGGCGCGCAAUGCUGCCAGAGGAAAAGAGAUGCAGAGAUGAUUGGGCUUGGGGUGUUUUUAGUCUGUCUUACCAUUCUGUUUAUAAUUAUUUCUGACUUAUUUGUCUACUGUCAGGGAAAAUGUGACCUUUUAUUUAUUACAAAUAUCUUUACUUUUCUUUAUCGUCACCAUGAGAAACCCAAACGUUUGUUUCUCACGUUGAGAUGUGAAACUGCACCGCCAAAAAACAGCUGAGGUGUUUGACUUUUAACCGGUAGAUAAACAAAUUUUUUUUUAAAAGUUGUUUGUCCCUCUUUUUGUUUUUCCUCACUUCCUGCUGGAGUUACUGGCCACCAGAGAUUGUUCCUGAAGAUAUGGUGUUCAGCUUCAUGGUUAGCUUUGUUUGUUUUCUCUUCAUCAUUUAGUAUGCCCAUUUUAAUUCUUGUUUUUCUUGACCAGAAACAAAUUGAAAUUUUAUAGAUUUAAUGGAAUUAAAGUUUUUAGCAGCUCGUUUAAUAUUUCUUUUCUCUAAAACUUGUUAUCCAACCAUUAGCUCAUACACAAGCGGCACGGGUUACAGUUUUACCAUUUUAAUUAUUAGAAAUGUGCAUUUCUUCAUAUUGUGGCUAAUUUCUUGGGAAAUUAUUUGAACUUUACAUAUCCAGGAUUUUGACACAUUGGGAGAGAAACUCGUCCAAAUGCAGCUUUAGAAGAGCCCAGAUUUUUGCUCCCACCUUUUUUUGUGAGGACAGAAAUAUUUGUGGAAGUGUUCUUAAGGAAGUCGAUAGACCACAGCUCUUCUGAUCUGGGUCCACUCUGGAAUUAUUGGUUGGAUAUUUUUUUCCCUUCUUUGAUGCCUUCAGAUGUGCCAUUUUUCAAAGUCCUGUUUUUGAUAUAUUUGACUUUGAUCUCUUAUAAAAUAAUAAAUUAAUAUUUGUGUAGAAUUGUUUUUUUUUUAUAUAUCCUCUCGUCAGCAGAUGAUCCCGACUCACAUCCUCAGUAAAGGUGAUGGAAUAGAUUUUGAAUUCAAUCCGUCUUUUUGAAUCGUAUGAAAGGAUUUGAACUGGCAACCCUCUGCUUCCUGAAGGCUUGUGUUAAUUUAGAUUUAUAGUUUGGAAUGUGUAAAUUUCAAACUGAAAGGUUGUGGUAAAGAAAAACAUUUUGACAAAUGUCAAAAAAAUGCCUGGGCACUGCAUCGUUACUAACUGUUGGAUUUUUGUUUGUUUGCUUUUUGUCAGUUUUACGUUGUGAUUAUUCAAUCACAAAAUAAAGUAUACAAAGAUGCAGGUUUUUUGAAAACUCUUGUGAACCUUAAAUAUUGGAGUUUCUGAUCCAAUGCAGGAUCAUAACUGCUAAAUAUUCUAGUUUGUUUCCUUGAGCAGCAGAAUUGUCAUUAGAUUUGACCCCCCCCCUUCUUAAAUGUUUUGCAGUGCAGAUGCCUGUACUGCAGCCCUGAUAAUUAAAUUGUAUCUGAAGUUUCAAACCUCUUCAAAAUAACUCACUCCUGCCAUCUUGGUGUGAAUCUACUUCAAACCUUCCGAUGUUCAGUCAGACUGCUAAACAAAACUUACAGCUGAAGGGUGGAAUCAUAAAUUUAUUCAAGUAUUCCAAUCGAGCAGCUGUUACACAAGAAAUAUGAUUGCAGUUUGUCAGAAAUUAUUAGUUUUGUUUUUCCUCUGGUUGGUUAUUGUAUUUUUUAGGUAUGUAUACCCUUUUUUUUUUUUUUUUUUUUUUGACUGAAAUGGUUAAGGUUUUGUCUGGAAAAGGGGCAUGAGUUCAUUUCAGAUGCCUAUUCAUGUGAAAAUCUGUCAAAUUGCACUUGAAAUAAAGAU